CCCUGGCGGGGCAGGACGCGGCCGGGGGCGGUGGCCGGCGGGGCCGGGUGUCCCUUCCUGGCAGGAAAGGGGCCGAGCGGAGCCGCCGGGGCCGGGAGUUUCCUGCGGGAUCGGGCGCCGCGGGCGCCAGCAGCGGAGCGGCACCGAGCCAGGUGGAUGAGGAGGGAGCGCUGUGAGCCCGGCCCGUGACUCUCCUGCCAGGGCCCCGGGCGGGCGCUGAGCGCGGCCCCGGCGCGGUGCGGAGCCGGUGCCGGUGCCGGUGCCGGUGCGGGAGCGGAGCGGGCGCGGGCCGCCCGCCGCGGCGCACGGAGCAUGCCUCUGAGCCCCGCGGGCAGCAAGCAUGAGAGCCCCGAGUCGCCGCCGCCGGAGCCGCCGCCGGAGCGCCAGCCCCGCGCCGCCGUCAGCAGCGGGGAGCCGAGCCCCGGCCUGCGGGAGGAGCCGCGCCUGGAGCCGGCCCGGGGCCCCGGCGGGCCCCGCUCGCCCAAGCUGGCGGCCCCGGCGCGCAUGGAGGAGCCCGCGCCCGGCGCCAUCGUGGUGCGCAUCGGCAUCCCCGACCUGCAGCAGACGAAGUGUCUGCGGCUGAACCCCGACGUGCCGGUGUGGGUGUCCAAGCAGCGGAUCCUGUGCACGCUCAACCACAGCCUCAAGGAUGUGCUCAACUACGGCCUCUUCCAGCCCGCCUUCAACGGCCGCGCCGGAAAGUUCCUGGACGAGGAGCGGCUGCUGCGCGAGUACCCGCUGAACCCCGACACGCCCGUGCCCUACCUGGAGUUCCGCUACAAGCGCCGCGUGUACUCGCAGCCGCUGCUGGACGACAAGCAGUUCGCCAAGCUGCACACCAAGGCGAACCUGAAGAAAUUCAUGGAAUAUGUGCAGAUGCUGAACUCGGAGAAGGUUUGCCGGCUGCUGGAAAAGGGGCUGGAUCCCAACUUCCAUGAUCCCGACACCGGAGAGUGCCCGCUGACGGCGGCGGCGCAGCUGGAGCUCAGCGCCGAGAUGAUCAAAGCGCUCCGGAACGGCGGAGCCCACCUGGACUUCCGGACCCGCGAGGGGAUGACGGCGCUGCACAAAGCCGUGAGGUGUCGGAAUCACGCGGCCCUGCUGACGCUGCUGGACCUGGGAGCGUCCCCGGAUUACAAGGACAGCCGGGGGCUGACGCCGCUGUACCACAGCGCCAUGGUCGGGGGCGACCCCUACUGCUGCGAGCUGCUGCUGCACGACUACGCCCGCCUGGGCUGCGUGGACGAGAACGGCUGGCAGGAGAUCCACCAGGCCUGUCGCUACGGGCACGUGCAGCACCUGGAGCACCUCCUGUUCUACGGAGCCGACAUGACGGCGCAGAACGCCUCAGGGAACACCGCCCUGCACAUCUGCGCCCUCUACAACCAGGAAAGCUGUGCCAGGGUUCUCCUCUUCCGAGGCGCCAGCAAGGAAAUCCGGAAUUACAACAGCCAGACGGCGUUCCAGGUGGCCAUCAUUGCAGGGAAUUUCGAGCUGGCGGAAAUCAUCAAAACCCACAAAGAGUCCGAUGUUGUGCCUUUCCGAGAAACUCCCAGCUACACCAAGCGCCGCCGGCUCCUCGGCUCCGGCGGGCUGGCGUCGCCGCGCGUCCUCCAGCGCUCGGCCAGCGACAACAACCUGAAAGCCGAGAGCCGCGCCUCGUAUUCCCCGGUGCCGUCCCUCCGGAGCCUCCCGCCGCAGCUCCUGGUCCAGAUGCAGGAAGCGGCGGCCGGGAUGGCGGCCUCUGGAAUGGCGGUGGGAGACGGGAGCCUGGCCAGCUCGGGCAGCGCCCGCAGCGCCCACAGCCGCUCGCCCUCGCUGCAGCGCGUGCAGGAGGAGAGGGAGGCCGAGGUGCCCUCGCUGCGCCGGAGCAGCCGCGGGAAAGCCAGUUCCAUCAUUGAUUCCCUUAUUAGUUCCAUUAUUGAUUCCAUCUUGAAUUAUUUCAUUGAUUCCUUCAUUGAUUCCAUCUUGGAUUCCAUCAGAGAUGCCACUGUUAGUUCCAUCAUUGAUUCCAUCUUGGAUUCCAUCAUUGAUUCCAUCUUGGAUUCCAUCAUUGAUUCCAUCUUGGAUUCCAUUGUUAGUUCCAUCAUUGAUUCCACCUUGGAUUCCAUCACUGAUUCCAUCUUGGAUUCCUUCAUUAUCUCCAUGAUUGAUUCCGUCAUUGAUUCCACCUUCCCUUGUGGAAUUUCCUUGGAAAUCCCUCAACUCCCCUUCCCGUUGUGUUUUCCAGCCGAGACCCCGAUUGAGGAGUUCACGCCCACGCCGGCAUUCCCAGCGCUGCAGUACCUGGAAUCCGUGGAUGUGGAAGGAGUCGCCUGGAGAGCGGGAUUGCGCACGGGGGACUUUCUGAUCGAGGUGAACGGAGUGAACGUGGUGAAGGUGGGGCACAAGCAGGUGGUGGCGCUGAUCCGGCAGGGCGGGAAUCACCUCCUGAUGAAAGUCGUGUCCGUCAGCCGCAAGCCCGACUCCGAGGAGGGAUCCCGCAAAAAGGCUCCGCCGCCGCCCAAGAGAGCGCCCAGCACCACCCUCACGCUGCGCUCCAAGUCCAUGACGGCCGAGCUGGAGGAGCUGGCCUCCAUGCGGAGAAGGAAAGGGGAGAAGCUGGAUGAGAUCCUGGCGGCCGCCGAGCCGGCGCUGAGGGCGGAGCUGGUGGAGGCCGAUUCCAGGGCGGCCACGGUGAAACAGCGCCCGACCAGCCGCAGGAUCACCCCUGCGGAGAUCAGUUCCCUGUUCGAGCGCCAGGGAAUGGCGCAUCCCGGGGUCCUGGCAGGAACGGAGAAGCCCCACGUGUCCCUCCGGAAGGGAAUUCCACGGACCAAGUCUGUAGGGGAAGACGAGAAACUGGCCGCGUCCUUGCUGGACGGGAAGUUCCCGCGGAGCACCUCCAUGACGGACACGGUCCGGGAAGGCCACGGGAUCCCCCCUCCCCCGCAGACCGCCCCUCCUCCGCCCCCCUCCCCCUAUUACUUCGACACCGGCCCCCCUCCGUCCUUCUCGCCGCCGCCGCCGCCGGGCCGGGCCUACGACACCAUCAGGUCCAGCUUUAAGCCGGGCUUAGAAGCCAAACUGCACGGGCUGCCGCAGGUGCUGAGCGCGGCCGAGAUGUACGACCAGGCCCGGGGCUCCAUGCCCUACCCCGAGCGGCAGAAGAGGGCCCGCUCCAUGAUAAUCCUCCAGGAUUCCUCCCACCUCCCCGUGGAGCCCACCGAGAUCCCGCGGCCCGGCCCGGCGGCGACGCCUCCGGAGAAGCUCAAGAGGAAGGGCCGGGUCAUCGACAACCCCUACGCCAACAUGGGCCAGUUCAACGUGAGCCUCUUCGCCCCCACCAAGCCGCAGAGGAAGAAGAGCCCCCUGGUCAAGCAGCUCCAGGUGGAGGACGCCCAGGAACGGGCGGCCUUGGCCAUCACCGGCGGCUACUCCUCCCGGGAGCCGUCCCCCACGCGCCGGAGCCACCGCCUGGACUACCAGCACCACCCCGGCAUCGCUCAGGUGGAAGCCGCCGGCCUCCCCUUCGCCACCGCCAUCGCCGCCGGCGUCAUGAAGGACCGGGACCGGCGUCUGGACGAGAGGAGGAAAUCCACGGUGUUCCUGUCGGUGGGAGCCAUCGAGGGGCCGGCGCCGGGCGGCAGCGAGAUGCCGUCGCUGCAGCAGUCGCGCUCCAUCGACGAGCGGCUGCUGGGCAGCCGGGAUGUCCUCCUGCCGUCCCCCGUGUCAGCUUUAAAGCCAUUAAUCAGCAGCUCCUCCUCGACCUUCAUCCACCCCCUGACGGGAAAGCCCCUGGAUCCCAACUCGCCCCUGGCGCUGGCGCUGGCCGCAAGGGAACGGGCGCUGUCCACUCAAGUCCCAUCCCGGUCGCCCACCCCGAUCCACAGCCCCGACUCGGACAGAGCCGCGCCCCUGUUUGUGGACAUCCAAACCAAAGAACCGGACAGGGGGGACUUGGAGAGCUUGGUGUCCCCCGCCUACUCCCCCGGAGGGAAGGCGGUGAUGGCGGCCGACGCCGGCGCUCUGACCCCCACCAAGAGCCCCUGGGGGACUCCGACCACCCUGCGGAAGGAGCCCGAGGCGCGAGCGGAGACGCCGGGCAAGGAGGAGAAGAAACCCGAGGACAAGAAGUCCAUGAUCAUCAGCAUCGUGGACACGUCGCAGCAGAAGACCGCCGGCCUCAUCAUGGUCCACGCCACCAGUAACGGUCAAGACGAGAUAGGCCUGGAGAUCAAAGAGGAGAGCCCGGCCGUGCCCGAGGUCUGCGCCGAGCCGGCCGAGUCCCCCAAGGUCGAGCCCCAGCCCAGCCCCGUGGGGAAGCCGCCGGCCAGCCCGGCCUCGGAGAAGGCGCUGGGUCAGGGCAGCUCGGAGGAGGAGGUGGAGCCCUACACGGUGACCCUCCCGCCGGCCCAGCUGUCCUCCAGCGACGAGGAGACCCGCGAGGAGCUGGCCAAGAUCGGGCUGGUGCCGCCCCCGGAUGAAUUCGCCAACGGGGUGCUGGUGACCACCCCCGGCACCCCCGUGAGCCACCUGGCCGCGCCCGGCGCGCCGUCCCUGCCAGCGGCAGCAGUAGCACCUUCUCCCCCCGGCGCGACACCCUCAGGGAAGCCCUCGGACGCCCCCGCGGCCCCGGAGUCGGCGGCGGACUCGGGAGUGGAAGAGGUGGACACCAGGAGCUCCAGCGACCACCACCUGGAGACCACGAGCACCAUCUCCACGGUCUCCAGCAUGUCCACGCUGUCCUCGGAGAGCGGCGAGCCCACCGACACCUACACGUCCUUCGCCGACGGCCAAACUUUUCUACUCGAGAAGCCACCAGUGCCUCCAAAGCCCAAACUCAAGUCCCAGCUCAGCAAGGGGCCGGUUACUUUCAGGGACCCACUUUUGAAGCAGUCUUCGGACAGCGAGCUCAUCUCCCAGCACCACGCGGCCACGCUGGCGGCCACCAGCGCGGCCCGGCCACGCUACCUCUUUCAGAGAAGGUCCAAGCUAUGGGGGGACCCCAUGGAGAGCAGGCCCGGCCACGGGGCCGAAGAGGACAAACCAACUGUGAUCAGCGAGCUGAGCUCCCGCCUCCAGCAGCUCAACAAGGACACGCGCUCCUUGGGCGAGGAACCGGCCGGCUCCGCCCUGGAUCCCGGCAAGAAGUCGCCGGUGGUGGCCGCACGACUUUUCAGUAGUUUAGGAGAACUCAGCACCAUUUCCCAGCGCAGCUCCGGCACCACCUUCACCGUGCGGCCCGGCAGCCGCUACCCCGUCACCCGCCGCACGCCCAGCCCCGUCAAACCCGCGGCGCUGGAGCGGCCGGAGCCGCUCAGCACCGUCCGGCCCUACGGCCUGACGCCCCCCACCAUCCUCAAAUCCUCCAGCCUCUCCAUCCCCCACGAGCCCAAGGAGGUCCGCUUCGUGGUCCGCAGCGUCAGCGCCCGCAGCCGCUCCCCGUCGCCGUCGCCGUCGCCGGGGCCGCCGCUGCACACGCUGCACCCGCCGCGGCCCUUCAUGCAGAAGCCGCUGCACCUGUGGAACAAGUACGACGUGGGGGACUGGCUGGAGAGCAUCAACCUGGUGGAGCACCGGGACAAGUUCGAGGACCACGAGAUCGAGGGCACGCACCUGCCCGCCCUGACCAAGGAGGACUUCGUGGAGUUGGGGGUGACCCGCGUGGGGCACCGCAUGAACAUCGAGCGGGCGCUCAAGCAGCUGGUGGACAGCUGACCGCGCCCGGAGCCGCCGUGGGAAGGGCGGGGCGGCAUUCCCAAGCCAAGAAAACCCACCGGGAUUCUCCUUCUCCUUCUCCGAGCGCUGCACUGAGGGCGUGGAGCCGCCCCCCCCCCCCCCGUCCCCGGCUCCCGCCCGCUCCCGCCCCGGCCCCGCGCCGCCUCCGGCCCGGGAAUGUUGCAUGAAAUUCCUCCUCGCUCCCGUUCUCCCGGAGAGGCCGGCCUGGACAUCGCUCCGUGUGGCCCCAGCCCCGGGGUGGCACCGGCGACACGCGGGGACGCGCCGCGCUGGUGGCACCUCGGGGGCGACGCGGCCUGGCCGGAGCAGGCGGGUGGCACCUGCGGAGGUGGCACCUCCCGGGUGGCCCUGCCGGGCUCGGAGGUGCCCCAAGAUCCUGACGAGUCCCAGGUGGCCCUGCCGGGCGGUGGCCCCAAGUCCUGACACCCCCCAAGUGUCCCCAGCAGGGUCAGAGGUGGCCCCAAGUCCUGACCUCCCC